GCUGAAACCGCUGCUGCGGCCUCUUCUGCGCAUUCGGCCUCUCAGUGGCGGAUGCAUUCCUUCCCGCGCAGCCGCACAUCACUACUCACCAUGUGCAGCAUCAUGCCAGCCGCCGCCUCGCCGUUGUCAGAGCUGCCACUGGCAGUGGCGACAAGAAGACACUCGAGAGGGUCCUGAUUCGGCAAGGCGAUGAGUCAGAUCUGUCCAAGAUCCGCCUCGUGUUGGCUUCACAACUCAUGAAGUGAGCGGAUGACAGAGCACAAAGGCUGCGUGACGUCUGCUGUAUAGAAUGAAUGUGUUUGUACUGUGCAGUCCUUUGUUCUUGCAGGCUGAGAGGUUUGUGUGUGCCGAGAUGGAUGGGCGGCUGAUUGGCUUUGGUCAGGUACGGCCGCUGGAUGGCGGCGGGGGCUCUUUCGAGGUGGCAUCGCUGUUGGUCGAUGAAGCGGAGAGGGGCAAAGGUACGCCAUGAGGCCAUGCAGCAUGAGCCGUGUGUGAAUGCUGCUGCGUGUGUGUCAUUCACUCACUCACUCGGUCAGGCAUCGGCAGCGCCAUCGUGAGGCGUCUGUUGGAGCGGCAUGGCACCAAAGGCACUCUGUAUCUACUCACAUUAUCCAAGACGACGCCAUUCUGGUAUGUGCUUGCUCGAUCACAGAGGACAACAAAACGCACGAGUGGCUUGUUAUGUGUGUCUGAUUCGGCAAGGGAGCGAUUUGGUUUUCGCUUGGUGGGGUCAGACCAGGACACCUCUCUGCCGGCACUUCUUCGGUUGGAGCGAAGUGCUGGGACUCUCGUGGCUGGCGGACUGCUGGGGCAGACAGUGGUGGUCAUGACAAAGGAUGAGUAGGUGGAAGAGACAGUGAGUGAGCAAUGGUCAGAUGCUUGUCGUGGGGGCUUAUGUGACGUGUGACUCAUUCACCUACGGUCGUGUUCUGGCGAGAUGUACGACACGGAAGGGGCGGGAUGGGACGUGUCGCAUGUUGUGUCGCAUGUCGUGUGUGUGUGGCCUGGCC